AUGGGCGCGCUGCUCGACACCACGCGCCACGACGCAUCUAACAAGCAUCAGGCGCGUGCCGCGCGUCACACCACAAACUCGCGACGCCGCUUGGCCAUCCUGUGCUUCCCGCGCCCCGUGCUGGACGUGCAGCCGGAGAUGGAGUGCGGGCGGCUGCUGGUGCUGUGCGACGGCGGCGCCGUCUUCGCGCUCGCCGCGGAUUCCAGUGGCGACGGCUGGUGGGACCGUGACGUGACCGAGACGGACGCGAUACUUGCGGCCCCGGGGGCCGUGAGUCUGCUGCCGCUGCCCGGCGCCGGCGCGUCUCUCCUCGCCACGCUGGGCGGCUCGGCACCCUGGGACGUGAGCUGGUGGCGGCUGCCCGAUGCAGGCGCCGAGAGCUCGUGCCGGAGCGAGCAGCUGGGGCGGGUCACGCUGUCUUCCUGCAGCACCGUGGAGGGUACCACUUGGCCGCAAGCUGGAUUUGCGGCGGCCACCCCGUGCCCCCUGCCCGUCCUCGUGAGCGUUGGGACCACAAGCCGGUCGGUCUCCGCGGCACCAGCGACCCCCAGCUCAAUACAGCUGCAGCCAGCACUUUUCCAGCUGCUGCUGGGAGUGGACGCCGCCAUGCUGGCGCUCUCUGCGCUGCUGUGCGGCCUGCCAGACGGGCGGCUCUACGCCAUUCCCACGCCGGGCCCAGGCAACGCCACUUCCUCCUCCAUCUCAGAGCCACGCCCGCUCAGGAACCGCCCCAUCCUCCUGCACGACCUGCAGCAGCCGGUGGUGCUGGUGGCCUCGGCACUGGUGCCCCGAGCGGACGGCGCCGCCAGCCGGAAGGGGCACAACUGCCUGGUGGUGGUGGGGGCGGAGGGGGAGGUGGUGACGGUGACACGGGACGACGAGCCAAGUGGCGCCGGCGCCCCCUUCGUGCGAGAGCUGCACGUGCCGGGCCCCGUCCUUGCAGCCUGCUGCCACGACGCCCAGCUACUCUACAGCUCUCCUCGCGGGGUUUUCUCCGUGCACCUUGCGGCGGCAGCGGCGACAGCGGCGAUGAAGGAUGAGGAGGAGGAUGUCUCGGGGGGCGCCCCGCCGCCCGUGAAGCUGUACGACUGCUGCGCGCUGGCGCUGUGCUGCGUGCCCCGACACGGAGACGGUGCGCCCCGCUGCAGCGACUCUGCAGUGGAUACAAAUUAGACCCGGAAGUGAUCCCGAGUUCUCGCUCUCCUCCGAAAUAUCUUCACUCUGCAGGAUUAUCCUACCUCCGUUUGUCGUAUCCGUCAUUUCCUUACCUCAGAUGAUACCGAGACCUUCAUCCAUGCCUUAAUCACAUCCCGACUCAACUAUUGCAACUCUCUACUCUAUUACGGCCUCCACACAGCCCUUCGUCUCCAAAUUCCAAACGAUUUUAAAUGCUCCUGCCAGACUCCCCGCCCGUAAACGAGACGUCACCCCACUACCCGGAUCUCUCCACCGCCUCCCAAUCCGAUCCCACGUAAACUUCAGAGCCGCACUCAUAGUCUUCAAGAUCCUCCUUUGACUCACCGCUUCCGACCUCUCCCCUCUCAUCUAACUCUCCCCCCCUCCACACACUCUCCUACCACUCCUCCCUUUCCUCUAUCCCGCUCGACGCA